GAGGAAGAAGAAAUAAUAUUUAAAAAAGGUAACUUGAUUUUUGAAGAAAUACUGUAGAAGACAUUUUUAUAAAGCUGUUGUUUGAUCAGACAUUGUCAAAGCAAUUUUUGAAGAAAUACUGUAGAAGACAUUUUUAUAAAGCUGUUGUUUGAUCAGACAUUGUCAAAGCACAUUUUAUUUUGGAAUUUUAGCUUAGUUGGUUUACAUCCAUAGCUGAUUUCUAUACUUUACCAAUAGAGUGAUGCCACGUAAAUCAAAUAAGAGCAAAGCCUCCAAAGCCAAAGAACAAAAACUAAGAAUGAGAGAAAGAAGGUUGGCAGAGGAGGCUUUGCAACAGUCUACUGAUAUUGAUAAAAUUGAAGGAGAAAGCACUGAGAAUGGUUAUCCUGAAGGAGAAAACACUGUUCAUGAAUUUGCUGUCAAUAAAAUUGAAAGAAAUGACACUGUGAAUGAAUUGACUGUUAACUCUGUUGUCAAUAAAAGAAAUCACACUGAUAAUGAAUUGACUGUUAACUCUGUUGUCAAUAAUACUGAAAGAAAUCACACUGUGAAUGAAUUGACUGUUAACUCUGUUGUCAAUAAAAGAAAUCACACUGAUAAUGAAUUGACUGUUAACUCUGUUGUCAAUAAAAGAAAUCACACUGUUAAUGAAUUGACUGUUAACUCUGUUGUCAAUAAUACUGAAAGAAAUCACACUGUGAAUGAAUUGACUGUUAACUCUGUUGUCAAUAAAAGAAAUAACACUGAUAAUGAAUUGACUGUUAACUCUGUUGUCAAUAAAAGAAAUAACACUGAUAAUGAAUUGACUGUUAACUCUGUUGUCAAUAAAAGAAAUCACACUGAUAAUGAAUUGACUGUUUACUCUGUUGUCAAUAAUACUGAAAGAAAUCACACUGAUAAUGAAUUGACAGUUAACUCUGAUUGCAAUGACACUGUUACUGAUUUAACUGGGCAUACUGUUGCCAAUACCACUGAACAGUAUCACACUGUUAAUGAAUUGACUGCUCCUUCUGUUGACUGCAACAUACAUUUAGUUAAGACUAAUUUAAUCAAUUCAGAAUUGAGUAAACUAAAAAGUCAUUCAGGUUCAAUCAACAAUCAGUCUGAAAACAAGCAAACGUGCCAGGGUAGAAAUAAUAAAAAUGACAUUGAUAACAAAGCAGACAAAUCUGUGCAUUCCUAUUUAUGGAUAGGUGAACAGAAAACAGGUAUGCAUGCAAAUAUCAGGUUUGAAAAUCCUGUAGUUUUAUAUGAUUUAUCAAGAUCACAAGUAACACGAGAACAAAAUAAUCUAGUCAUUCAGGGUAGUUUCCAUCAAGGAAAUACCAGGUUUGGUGAAAACGCUGGGAAACAAUGUGUUGGUAAUUGUUUAUCUGCAAUAGUGCAUAGUAAACUGAAACCAGUUUUUGCAUGGAACAAGUUAUAUCUUGACAAUAUACUAAUUGAAGGUAACGAUAUUUAUACAUCUGUGCACGGUACUAAUAAUUAUCUCUGUGUGGAAGACCUUCCAGAAUUUGUAGAUCUUAGAAAUCGUAUUAUUCAUUGUCACAAGAAACGUUCCAUUUGUGCAUUUGUACAUGACGUUGACCCAGAUUUUGAUGGCGUUUUACCCUUAGACCAAGCCCUGCAAUAUGCAUUAAUAGACUCGGAUGGAUGCUUUGUUACUGUAAGAGCAACAACAUCAUUAGUAAUAAAGCAGAAUAACAAAAUAUAUAUGUUUGAUUCUCAUGCAAGAAAUCGUUUUGGUUUAGUAGAUAAUUAUGGUUCUAGUAUUGUAUUUGAACUUCCUGACAUUCAAGCUGUUUACCAACACUUCUGUAAUUUUGUUCAGGGUGAUCAAUCUGUACCUUUUGAUGUUACAGGAAUUACUGUUGCAAUACAAGAAACAGUUGACAGUAAUGUAGAUAUGACAUUGCAAGAUAAUAUGCAACAUAUUGAAAUACAAGAUAGUGUACCAAUACUAGGUUAUUUAGAUAGUAAGCAUAGUAUUGAAAAAAAUGAGACUAAUGAAGAAACGCUCGACAAUUUAAAGGGAGGAUUGUUGAAAAAUACCAAAAGACGUGUAUCUGAUCUUUCAAAUGACAUUGAAUCAGACAUAUUAAUGGACAUAUCACACAAUGUAUUAGAUGACAUUGAAUCCGAAAGGUUAAUGGACAUAUCAGAUGACAUGGAAUCAGUAGAUUUUUCAAAGGUAGGGUCUCCAUGUACAUUUGUUAGAGAAAAUGAAGUUUCUGAUAUAGAAAUAAUGUCUGAUUGUAGAUCUAAUUAUUCCUUUAAGCCAUUAGAUUUCUACUCUAAAAGGGAACUCUGUGGACUAUUGAAUAUAUCUUCAAAAGAAGUGAAAAAAAACAUGUGCAGUUCAGAAUUGUGUAAUAUUGGCCAUCCCUUUGAAACAAAGUCCAUCAUAGCAGACGGAAACUGUCUCUUUAGAGCAAUAUCUUAUGCUGUUUCACAUACACAAAUAUUCCAUAAAAAGGUAAGACAAGCCAUAAUUAAGCAUAGCUUGAGCAUUUCAAAUCAUUUGACUAGUCUAUUAGAAAACCAAUAUGGUACAGUAGAAGAACAUAUAAGUGGUCGAAAAAUGAGAGAGAACAAUUCAUGGGGAACUGCAUUGGAAAUAAUAGCUGCAGCAGACCUUUUGAAAACAGAUAUUUAUACGUUUUAUAACGGAGUAUGGAUAAAGUAUUCAUCGUCUCAAAUUCACACAAACAGUGAAAUAAAUGAUAGAGCAAUCUAUCUUCAACACAUCAGAGACUUACAACACUAUGAGGUUGUAUUAUCAGUUAUACCAGAAAUGCACAAACCACUUAAAAAUAAGGGAGUUGCAAUGAAGAGGAAAUGUGAGCAAAAUGAUUUAUUUGUUUCAAAGAAACACAGAAAACAAGAUCAACAGACUAAUGAAAACAAUUUCUCUGUUAAAUCGUCACAGAAAGGAAUUCAUUCAGACAAAGCUUUAAAUGAAGUACAAUACUUAUCAAAAUCUGAAAAACAAAAAUUAAAGUAUCACACUGAUUCUCAAGCAAGGUACAAAACAUUAUCAACACAAAGGGAAAAGUAUUCGAACGACGAUUCGUACAAAGCUCAGAAAAUAAGAAAAGGAAGGGAGAAAUAUCAGAAUGAUUACAAAUAUAAAUUAGAUAUUAAAAAGGCUUCAAAGGAUAAGUAUAUGGCAGACGAAAAACACCGGGAAGAAAAGAAAAAUGAAAGCAUUAAAAAAUAUGAAAAUAAUGAUGAAUACAGAAAGAAAUUGAAAGAAGCUGCCAUUCACAAAUAUGCUACUGAUGAUGCACACAAAAUUAAAAUUAAACAGGCAAGCAUUCACAAGUAUGCUACUGAUGAUGAUCAUCAAAAUAAAAUUAAACUGGCAAGCAUUCACAAGUAUGCUACUGAUGAUGAACAUCAAAAUAAGGUGAAACAUGCAAGCAUUCAUAAGUAUGCUACUGACGAUGAACAUCGAAAGAAUGUUAAAUCUCAGACUUUGUCUAAAAGAAUUCUCUCUAAAGAAGAAGGCAAAGACAUUACAAAAGUUAUUGAAAAAUUUAAGAAAGAUGUAUGUGAAGGACCUGAAUACAUUUGUGCUUGCUGUUUUAGACUUUGUUUUCAAAAUCAAGUCAUGGUAUAUAAGAAGGAUUUGUAUCAAAAGGAUUCUGUAAAAGAUGUAGCAGACACUUGCAUUUCUGAUAAGUAUUUGCAUAAAUGUUUAGACGAAUGCGAAGAUGAAUGUAAGUAUCAAGGAACUAGUAGACAAUCCCUUUGGAUUUGUUACACAUGUCACAGAAAGAUCCAGAGAGGAAAAGUGCCUGCUGAAUCGUUUUUUAACAACUUAUCAUUAGAUGAUGUUCCCAAUGAACUAAGCAGAUUAAAUCAACUAGAACAACAUUUAAUUUCUCUUAAUAUUCCUUUCAUGAAGAUAAUUGCUCUACCUAAAGGUGGCCAAAAGGCAGUUCAUGGACCAUGUGUUUGUGUACCAUCAGAUAUGUUUAAGGUGACUACUACUUUGCCUAGAUCUGAAGAUGAUAAUUGUUUAGUUAAAGUUAAGCUCAAAAGGAAAUUACAGUAUAAGGGUUAUGAGGAAUAUCAAUUUGUUGAUACUAAACAUUUAGAAGAAGCAUUGCUAUUUUUAAAAGGAAGAAAUGAGUGGUAUUCAAAUAUAGUAAUCAAUGAAAAAUGGUUAAACCCUAUUCCUUUACAAAAUAACGAAUGUUGCCCUGAAAUAGAAAGCAUGGACAAUUCAACAACAACAAAUGAAACGCUAAAUGAUAAUUUGCAAGAUAGGUCAAAUGCAGAGGAACACAAAAAUGAAGCGGAUACAUACUUAGAUGAUACUUUACAGGGCGUUCAGUUGGACACAUGUUUACAACCUGCUGAUAUUGCACAGGAAGCUUUAGAUACAUUGUUUGAUAAGGAAUUCAAUCUGUCACCUGCAGAGGAAAAUAACCCUGUAAGUCUUUUAAGAACAAAGGGUAUUGAAGCUCAAACGUUUCCAGUACAUUAUCCUACAGGUAAAAACACAUUGAAUGAAGAAAGAGAAGAAAAGUUAUCUUUAUUAAGAUAUUUCAAUCUGAGAUUAAUGAGUGUAGAAAACCGAUUUGCAAGAGAUACUUCUUAUAUAUUCUUUUGUCAAUAUAUGUCUGAACUAGAUAGAGUUAUGUCAAAUGUUCAAAUUUCCUUAAGGAAAGGGUCGGCGUUUUCAAAUGGAAAGAAAGUAACAAGCAAAAUGCUAUGUGAUAAAGACACAUUACAUGGGUUAUUCCGAAAAGAUGAGGCAAUAAAGUUUAUGAAACCUGUAAGAGGAACACCUCCUUAUUGGCAAGCUGAACAAAAGAAUAUUUUUGCUAUGAUUCGUCAGUUAGGUAUUCCCACAUUCUUUGCCUCGUUUUCUUCUGCAGACUUCAGAUGGAAAGAAAUCAUAGAAACAAUAAUGAAGCAACAAGGAGAUAUUCGUAAUUUUGACGAACUUACUUGGGAUGAAAAGUGCAAAGUCCUUUGUAGUAAUCCUGUUACACCUGCACGAAUGUUUGAUCGUAGAUUUAAAAGAUUUCUAAAAGAUGUUAUAAUGUCAGGUGCUCAACCAAUUGGCCAUGUGAUAGACUACUUUUAUAGAGUUGAAUUUCAACAGAGAGGUUCUCCACACACGCACUGUUUGUUCUGGAUACAAGAUGCCCCAAAAUUCAAUGAAGAUGAAGAUGAUACUGUAACUGAGUUUGUUGACAAAUAUAUAACAUGUAAACUACCGCUGGAAACCGAGGACUCAGAGCUAAAAGACAUUGUCACAACUGUACAACAACAUAGCAAAACACAUUCAAAAAGUUGUAGAAAAAAGGGAACUGUGUGUCGUUUUAAUUUCCCAAGACCACCUUCUGAAAAAACAUUUAUAUCACGCCCACCUAAGGAUGAUGAAGAAGAAUGUAAUGUUGCUGAUGACACUGAUGAAGAUGUUGACGAUGAUGUUGUUGAAAAACCAAAAUCGGGAAUUAGUUCAUUAGACGCUAAAAAGAUAUUAGAAUCUCUAUGGGCUGUAAUCGAAGACUGUGAAAAGGAAAAUUUGACUACUACUGAGUUAUUCAUAAGGGCAGGAGUAUCUCAGGAAGAUUUUCAAGAAUGCUUUAAGUCAGUUACAUAUAGAAAUACUGUGGUGUUAAAAAGAAACAAAGAUGAAAUGUUUAUCAAUCAGUACAACCCGCAUCUCCUGAAAGCAUGGGAUGCAAAUAUGGAUAUACAAUACAUAUUAGAUGCUUAUUCUUGUGUUGUUUAUAUAAUAAGUUACAUCAGUAAAUCAGAACGUGAACUUGGACUGUUGCUACAACAAACAAAAAAUGAGGCCUCUGAUGGAAAUUUGGAUGCACAACAAACAAUGAAACAAGUAGGUACUGCAUACUUUCACUUUCGAGAGCUGAGUGCCCAAGAAGCUGUUUUUAGAGUGAUCGGUUUAAGUUUGAAGGAAUGUUCAAGAAAAGUUGAAUUCAUUCCAGUUGGAGAAAAUCCAUGUAAAAUGAGCAUUCCUCUAAAAGAACUUUUAACCAAAUCAAAAAGCGCAAAAACAAAAACAAAAUCAAAGGAAAUCGAUGAUGAUGAUGACACUGAUGACGAUGAUGAUAUUGAACUUUGGAUGAAAAGCAUUACUGAUAGAUAUAAAAGUAGACCAGAACUUGACUUAUUUAAUCAGAUGUGUUUAGCUUCAUUUUGCUCCGAGUUUUCAGUUUUAGCAGAAACACAGAUUCCAAAUAAAAUAAAUGAAGAUACCACAUUCCAACUUAAAAAUGAUAUGGGAUACAUCAGAAAGCGGACAAGAACCCAGCCUGCUAUUAUCAAAUAUGCACGAUUUUCCAUUGAAACAUCGCCUGAGCAGUACUACCAAAGUAUUUUACAGUUAUAUUUACCUUACAGAUUAGAGGAACAGUUGAAACCGCCCCAAUUUUUGACCUAUGAAUUGUUUUACAAAUCAGGAAUGGUCAGGUAUAAUCAGAAAGAGGUUCUUGUUACAGUCGAACAAAUAGUUAAUACUAACAUGUCCAACUUUGUGAAAAGUGGCAAAGAGCUAGAAGCUGCAGAAAAAAAAUUGGAAGAAAAUGAUUACCAAGAAGAUGCGUGGGCAGACUUAUGUCCAGAAACAGAGAGUGAAAGACGUCAAUGCACUGAAGCAGAAAAAUCUUCAACUGUCGUAGAAGUCGAUAGUCCUGAAUUUGGAAUACCAGAUUUAAAUAAAAGUAACAAGCCAGAGAUAGUUAGUGGAAAUGGGAUUAAAACUUGUUUACUAAGGUCGGAAGUUAUACCCUUGUUGAGAGGUUUAAACAUGAAACAAAGGCGUAUUUUUUAUAAGGUAAGAGAAUGGUGCAACCUAAAAGCCAAUGGUAAAAAUCCCCCUCCCUUUCACGUCUUUGUAACAGGCGGUGCUGGAACAGGAAAAAGCCAUCUGAUAAAAUGUUUACACUAUGAAACCACAAGAAUUCUUGCUCGCUGCUCUCCUAGUCCAGACGAUUUGACAGUUUUAUUGACUGCACCAACUGGCACUGCAGCCUUCAAUAUAAAUGGAUUGACGAUUCACCAUGCUCUUUCUAUUUUCAAAGCUCUUACUGUUGACAAAGCGAUGCUUGGUGAAGAUAAGCUUAACACUUUAAGGUCAAAAUUAGAAAAUUUACAAAUUUUAAUCAUAGACGAAGUCUCAAUGGUCAACAAGAGGUUGUUAUUCUUUAUUCAUGAACGGUUGCGUCAGAUCAAGAAAAGACCUGAAAAAGAUCCUUUUGGUGGGGUUUCAGUGAUAGCUGUUGGAGAUUUUUUUCAGUUACCACCAGUAAAAUGCCGAAAAACUGAUAAACUCUAUGUAGAUGAUCCAUCGAAUCCUUUGAACUAUCUGUGGAACGAUUUCUUCACUAUUGUAGAAUUAGACGAAGUGAUGAGACAACGUGAAGAUGGUUUGUUUGCUCAGUUAUUGAAUAGACUUAGGAUAAAAGACAAAAAUUCUCCGUUAGAAUCCUCAGAUUUAAAAAUGUUAAAGCAGUGUAUAGGUAGUGGGACAGAUGAAGCUUUACACAUUUAUGCUACUAAUAAUGAGAUUAAUAUUCACAAUAAUGACAUGGUUAUUAAACUGUCCAGUGAACCUAAGUUUAUUGAAGCACAAGAUUUUGAAAAAAAUAAAGCUACAGGAAAACUAAGAAAGAAAACAGCACCUUUUUCACAAACUGAUAUUUGUCUCCCAACUUCAAUUCUAUUAGCUGAAGGAGCCCGCGUAAUGUUGAAAAAGAAUGAAGCCGUCAAUGAUGGCUUGGUAAAUGGGGUAAUGGGCACUAUUGUCAGCAUUGCAGAAUUUUUAGAAGGAUCUUUGCCGAAUGUUAUUUUUAUCAAUUUUGACAAUGAUAGAGUAGGAAAAAACGCUAAGAUUCAAAAAACAAUAAAUGGGAAAAGAUGCAUUGGAUUGGAACCAUCUAUAGAGGAUAUACCGUUCAAAAAUGGAACGAGAAAACAGUUUCCUUUGCAGUUAGCAUGGGCAUGUACUGUUCAUAAAGUUCAAGGUUUGACAGUUUCACAAGCAGUUGUGGAUUUGAAUAAAUGCUUCACUUAUGGCCAGGCAUAUGUUGCAUUGAGUAGAGUUACUACAAAAGAAGGGCUUCAUAUAUUGCCAAUUGAUGACAAAAAACUUGGUCAAAAAAUAUACUGUGAUCCUGAUAUCAUAAAAGGCAUCAAAUCAAUGAAACAUUAUCUGACUGAAAAUGUAGAAGCAUCAUCUGAAGAAACACUUGUAACUAUUGUUUAUCACAAUAUCCAAGGACUAAGAGCUCAUAAAAAUGAUUUAGUGGCUAAUGCAGACUGUAAAGAUGCAGAUUAUGUCUGUCUGACUGAAACAUGGCUUGAAUCUUCCUCUGAUCAUGUUCACCUUCCUAACUAUGAUUUUUAUCACCAACCAAGAUCUGCAGCCUACACACCGACUAAUUCUGUGUUUAAGAAUUUGCAAGCUAUGGGCCACGGAGGAGUUGGAGUAUAUGUAAAAACAGAUUCUGAAUAUGAAAAUUGUAACUUUACCGUGGAAAAUCUAGAAUGUAUAACUUUCAGAAUUCCCACCAUGAAUGUCCUUGUGGCAACAAUAUAUAGAACUCAGAAGUAUCAAAUUGGAAUAUUUCUUAAAACAUUUGUUUCGUUUGUAAACAAAUUGACUGAACUUUCAAACAAUAUCAUUGUUUUAGGUGACUUUAAUCAAGACAUAUUAAAGGGAGAAAGAUCUAUACUGGACUAUAUGACUUCAAAAGGAUUUCAACAGCUAGUGGAAGAGGCAACAACAGAAGGUGGUACAUUGAUUGACCAUGUCUAUGUCAAAGGUUGCUCAAAAGUAGAAGUUAAAGGUAUUCCAACAUACUACAGUUAUCACGAUGCUGUAUCCGUAAUGCUUAAAGAUAGCCGAUAA